UGGAAGCACUUUGAACAUGACAUUCUCGUUGAACGAAAAGUCUCUUUUGGGGCUUGCGCUAUUAUUCGGAACUCUCUGUAUUGGCCACGGGUUUGGAGAUAACAAUCGAACUUCAGGUUCAGUGCGGCAAGGAAAAUUGUUCUCCCUCUUCAACGUGGUUAAUUUCAAAAAUGGACCUUGUCCUAGCUCCAGUUCAAUUGGCAGUGGCAAUUCUGGCAGACGAAACGGAACUUGCUACACAGCCGCUGAGUGCGCUACUAGAGGAGGCAGUGCCUCUGGAAAUUGUGCCGCUGGAUUCGGCGUAUGCUGUGUAUUUUAUUUGAAUGCAGGACAGACGACGUCCCAGAAUUGCACAUAUAUUAGAAAUGACAACUUCCCUGGUACUUUGCAAACUACCAAUGCUCAAAGCUUCACUAUUCAGAAGUGCUCAUGUGACGUUUGCUAUUUGCGCCUGGACUUCUUGACCUUUACUAUCCGUGGCCAGGUUGAUAGUGAAGAGAUCAUGGGGGGCGUGUGCGGAGAUUCAUUUAAAGUAACGUCGGGCUCUAACGAACCUCAUCCAACAAUUUGCGGAGAAAAUUCUGGACAACACAUGUACGUUGAUAUGGGUCGGGGAUGUUCCGGAACUGCUCUAUUAGACUUCUCCUUCACGGAUGCAUCAUCCAUUCGUCUCUUUGAAAUCAAGGCCACACAAGUAGAAUGCAACUCUCGGUCGUC